AUGCGCGCGUCCGCACUGCUGAGAGCCGUCCUGGCGAUGGUGUUCCUGGCGCAGAGUGGCGACGUGGAGAGCGCGCCCUGCUGCGGGACCGUCCUGGCCGUUGGGGCGCUGGCGUUCGCUGGGGGCUUCGCCGCCGGGCACCACAAGGGCCGCCACCACAAGGGCUGCUGCGGGAGGAAGCACAGAAGCAUCGAAACCUUUCUAGAAGACCCCAAGAUCCAAGAGACCUAUAAGGAGAUCGCCGCCGAGGACAAGGACGAGUGCGGCCUCCGGCUGGUGUGCGAGCUGGCGCAGAAGGACCCCCAGGCCCUGGUCCCCGACGAGAAGCAAAUCCUGGCGCCCUAUCGCGGCGCCGGCGCCAGCGACGGCAGCGCGUACGGCGCAUACGACGAGGCUGCGUGGCACGGGAAGGAAGGCCGCAGCUGCGCCGCCAGCUACCCGCUCUGCGCCUUCGCCGCGCAGCAGAUCAUGCAGGAAUACAGGAAAUACGUUAACAGUAAUGAGACCGUAGCAGCUUAGGUGGACGAAGAGAGAGAAUUUUGUCGGUGGACUUCUCUAAAGAUCACAAUUACUCAUCAGCCAAAACAUGAUGAGUCUCUGCCCCAUACUUGAAUUCAGUAUAAAAUAAACAGCGAAAGCUAAGACCAUACUG